AUGGGUGCCUGUGUAUCUUCAAGCAAAAAGCGGAGAUCGCAAAGAUUGUGUUGUAAUUACAGGCGCUACCGUGGCAAGGUUUUAACUAAUACGCCUAUAGUACGUGCCAGUAAUGUGGAGAACUUUGCUUCUUCCGGAGAAGCAGUCCAUUUAGGGACUGCAGCUACUCGGCGGAGAUCUGAUGGCUCAAACGUUACAUUCCACCUCACACAAUUGCAGUGGCAUCACAGUGAGCUGGACACAGAGAAUGGAAAUGUUGUGUGCCAAGAAGAAGCGUGGUUCGACUCUGUCAGUAUUUUAGGAUCUGACUCAGAUGAAGACUUCAGCAGCGUCAAUGGAGACCUCCCAGCUAUGUCAAAUUCAACAGGUACACAAUUUAUGCAAUGUGAAGAUGCUUCAUCCAUCGCUGAUGCCAUCCAGAAGUUUGAAAGGAUUUUUGAUGGUUCUAGUGUUGCUCAAGCUGUUGGACAGUACCUGAAAAGAGAUGCAAACAAAAUAGAAGUUGAGAGGCCUAAAGCUGCAAGCCCGGAAACUUGUGAUGUCUCUAGUGGAAAGGUUGAGGACGCGAAGACACGAAAUGAGGGCAUAAAAAUUCUGACAAAACUUAGAAGAGGCGAGGAUGCAUGUAACACCUUGAAGUCUUUCAAAGAUGGAGAGAAGCCUCAUGAAAGCAUCUUCAAAAGUUUGACACCAGUGUGCACACCUCGUCAUGCUAACAAGGUCCAACCAUUGGCAGUAGCAAGUCCACGGGGCCAAAAGAAGAAAUCAGCUGUUGUCAGGCUUUCUUUCAAGAGGCAAUCUUUUGAUGGAGAACAAACAACUGAAAUAUGUUCCUCUAGAAGGUACUUGAUCCGCCCACGAGCUGGAUUAUUGGUUCCGCAAGCUGGUGAGAAAUCUUCUGAGGUUGCUGGUCUGUGCUUGAGCCUUCGACAUUCAAGCUGCGAGGGGAAAGUUUUUUCAAGGACAAAAGAAGUCUCCUGCUCCAGCUUGCUCUCCAUACACUCCAUUUGGUGUGGACAUAUUCAUGUCCCGAGGAAAAUUCACCACAUUGCCCAGCAUAUUGAGCUUCCAUCUAUGCCUACAUAUCCUGCUGCUAUGUUCCUUGGUGAUAGUGACGGGGAAGGGAUUAAUCUGGUGCUAUAUUUCAAACUGAAUGAUAACUUUGAGAAAGAAAUUCUCUCCCAGUUUCAAUACCGCAUUAAAAGACUUGUAAACGACGAAAUAGAAAAGGUUAAGGGUUUCCCAUUGGACUCAAUAGUCCCUUUCAGAGAAAGAUUGAAGAUAUUGGCAGGGUUGGUUAACCCAGAUGACAUGAAUCUGAGUUCUGCAGAGAGGAAGCUUGUUCAGGCUUACAAUGAAAAGCCAGUCCUCUCAAGGCCUCAGCACAACUUUUAUGUGGGAUCAAGUUACUUGGAGAUCGACCUUGAUGUACACCGCUUUAGCUUCAUCUCAAGGAAAGGGCUCGAAUCAUUCCGAGAACGAUUGAAACAUGGGGUGAUUGAUCUAGGCCUAACCAUACAGGCCCAGAAGCAGGAGGAACUUCCGGAGCAUGUCCUGUGCAGUGUAAGGCUAAACAAAGUUGAUUUUGUCGAUAACGGGCAAAUACCAACACUACUGCCAUGUGAUGAUGACUAA